CUUUUAGACCCUUUUUCUUUAAAUUCGACACAAAAUUAACCCUCUCACUGCCUCACGCAAUCGCCCAAUUCCCCAUUAUUUCCCAUUAAUCCCUCGGUUUCUUGUCUGUGUUUCAUUUCUGUGUCCCCUUUAUAAACCCUUGGCGAUUUCUCCUCUGUGUCGAGGGGAGAGCAAUCGUGUAAUCUGAAUCGGGGAUGCCGAAGCUGGUUUUGAAAGGGGGGAGUAGGCCGCCAUGGGUGGGCUUGGGAGCUGCUGUUUGGGUUCAAAUUGCUGCUGGGUCUUCCUACAACUUCGCCCUCUACUCACACGCGCUUAAAUAUGUUCUGGGUUUGAAUCAGCAGCAGCUGACGAUUCUGGGAGUGGCGAAUGACAUUGGGGAGAGCGUGGGGUUGCUCCCUGGUCUGGCCUGCAACAUAUUUCCUCCAUGGGCAGUGCUUUUGGUUGGUGCUGUGUGCUGCUUUGUGGGUUAUGGGGCUAUUUGGCUUGCUGUUAGCAGGACUGUCCCCAAUCUGCCUUAUUGGCUGCUAUGGAUCACACAUUGUAUUGCCACAAAUAGCAAUGCAUGGUUCGGAACGGCUGUGCUCGUAACAAACAUGAGGAACUUCCCUCUCAGUAGGGGUACUGUCGCUGGCAUCCUUAAAGGUUAUGUCGGGCUUAGUGCUGCCGUAUACACGGUGAUAUACAGCAUGGUGCUUAAAAAGUCUGCUUUGGAUUUACUGUUGUUUCUUGCAAUCGGGAUACCUAUUUUGUGCUUAGCCAUGAUGUACUUUGUUCGACCUUGUACUCCGGCUUCUACAGAGGAUCCGUCCGAGAGUGCUCAUUUUCUUUUCACGCAAGUUGCUUGUGUACUGCUAGCUGUUUUUCUAGUCACGACCACGAUUAUAGAUGCAACGACGUCCCCUAGUGAGGCUGUUGCAUACACCUUAGUUGCCAUAAUGGUUGUUCUUCUAAUGUCUCCUCUUGCAAUUCCCAUAAAAAUGACCAUUUUUUCUGCAAAGACAAAAAAACUCGGUCCUCGAGUUGACUCUGCAGAACCUUUGGCUUCCGGAGAAAGCGAUUCUUCCCAAAUAGAACCUUUGUUGACACCAUCUUCCUCGGCUACAAAUCUUGGAAGUUUUAAUGAGAAUGAUGAUGCAGAUGCAUCAGAUGUAGAAACACUUCUUGCUGUGGGAGAGGGGGCGAUUCGUAAGAAGAAGAGAAGACCUAAAAGAGGGGAAGAUUUCAAGCUCCGUGAAGCCGUAAUCAAAGCUGAUUUUUGGCUGCUUUGGUUCUUGUACUUCCUUGGGGUUGGUCCUGGAAUAACCGUUCUCAACAAUCUGUCUCAAAUCGGGAUUUCAUUAGGUGUUAACGACACAACACUACUGUUGGCUCUUUUCAGCUUCUGCAAUUUCGCUGGUCGUCUAGGCUCCGGUAUCAUUUCCGAGCACUUUGUCAGGUCGAGAAUGAUACCUCGCUCGCUGUGGAUGAUGUUUGCUCUAAUACUCAUGGCUAUAGCAUUCCUCCUGUAUGCAUCCGCCCUCACAAUAACUCUCUAUGUCGCCACUGCUCUCACCGGAAUCAGCUAUGGAGUUCUAUAUUCCAUGAUGGUCCCUCUCGCAUCAGAGAUUUUCGGCCUAAAGAAUUUCGGAGUGAUCUUCAACUUCAUGCAGCUGGGCAAUCCAAUCGGAGCAGUCCUUUUCUCGGUUCUGCUCGCCAGUACUCUAUACGACAACGAAGCUGCUAAGCAAGGUUCGAUAACCUGCAUAGGCCACCAGUGCUUCAGGAUCACUUUCUUCAUUCUUUCAGGCGUUGCAGGGUUAGGUUCAAUCUUCAGCUUGAUUUUGACCAUUCGAUUACGACCCGUGUAUCAAAUGCUAUACGCCAGUGGCUCCUUCCGCUUGCCUCAGAGUUCAGGUCAUUGAUCCGAAGAUUUGUAGAGGCAAGGGUUUUAGUAAAAGUUUCAGGAUCUGCAGGUUGUUUUUGCUGCAUAUCUUUACUCAGAAGUGAUAAAUUUUGGUAAUGGGUGUGACUUGAGGGUUUAACUUGUAUUUUGCUGAGUUAAAUGUGGGAGAUGUGUGUAUUAGCCUUCUUUUAAAUGUCAAGUCUUUGUGCAUUAAUCACCUUGGUGUACAAUAUACAUCAUAAUGUUGUUUUAUGCAACUAAAAAGAAAAAGAUUAUCAAUAUAUGAAAAUGCAAUAUUGAAUGAA